AUGAAUUCUAACAGUAUACCAAAUUUAGCUCACUAUUACGAUGUUGAUAGCAACCUAGAAUCACCAACAUCAAUUGUGAAUGGUUCUUCAAAAACGUUCCCGUUAUACAUUGCAAUUAAUCAGUAUGAAAAAAGAAUGGAAGAUGAAUUGAAUAUGCAAUUGGGUGAUAAAAUACAGGUCAUUACGGAUGAUAGUGAAUAUAAUGAUGGCUGGUACUAUGGUAAAAAUUUACGAACACAAGAGGAAGGUCUAUAUCCGGUAGUCUUUACUCAAACAUUUGUUCCAGAUAGGGUUCAGUUAACACAGGAAAAGUCUGCAAGACGUAUUUCCACGAUUAUGACUAAUCUACCUGUAAAUUCAACUUCCGAACUACCAACUCCACAAAAGGCUGAAACUGCAACGUUAAUAAAUGGCUCAAAUAAAAUGAAAGAUAGAUCAUUAUCUUUAAAAAAAACGAUGAGUGAUAUUGAUAAGGCAUUAGAGGAAUUGCAAUCUGGAAAUUCUGGACCUGCUCCAAAUGUGACGAGAAAAAUAUCUGAUAUCUCAACUAAUAUGGAGGAAUUAACUAUUGAAAAGUCUUGGACUCCCGAUUUACAAGAUAGGAAUAUUGGAGAUUAUAGUCACGAUUUAGAUAACAAUCAAUCUAGGUCGGCUUCUAAUAACACAAUAAUAGUGAAUAAGCUAAGUGAUGUUAAUAAUAAAGUUAAUACUUCAGGAAAUGUUGAUAGAAUACCAGAAAGACCUGAGUUAAAUCCUAAAAAUGUUUUGAAUUGGACCCCAGAAGAUGUUACCGAUCAUUUUACAUUAUCUGGAUUUGAUCCUGAGGUUUCAUCGAAAUUUAAAAUACAAAAAAUAUCAGGUAAAAUUCUCUUGGAACUAGAAUUAUCUCACUUAAAAGAAAUAGACAUUGAUUCGUUUGGAACCAGAUUUGAAGUUUUUAAAGAAAUAGAGGCAUUGAAAAAAAUAGUUCAAAAUACACCAAACUCAAAUGAAUUCCAUAAUGACAGCAGCAUAAAUGUAAACAACAGGUCUAGUACCUUAAUGCCAGCUGCUCAUUUAAAUGAACAAGAAACUGUAUCAAAUCAAAAGAAUAUAGCAAAUAUGAUUAAUAACGAAAAUUUGUCUCCGCUACGUGAUUCUAAAUAUUUAGCUCCUCAUUCUCAAACCUUAAAUGAAAAUACAAAUCCAACAAAUCUUUCUUUGAAGACAGAUCAUCAAAAUAGAAAAUCCACGAAAUCUAAUACACCUUCAUUGAUAUUAACUCCAGAUACAAAUAAAGUCGAGACCAAUAAUGUCAUUAUGGAUGAAAAUAUGUUUACUUCUCCUAGAAAAGCGCCAAAGCCACCUACCUAUCCAAGUCCCGUACAGCCAUUAUCUGCAUCUGCUUCUAAAAGAAUGAGUUUAAGUCCAAUGUUAAACUCACCUUCUACCCAUUAUAGAAGUACGUCAAUAGAAAAAUCUUCCUCAGUGGUCGCCACACCAAAACCAUCUUCAAAAUCUAAUAAAUUUAAAUUCCCACAAUCUUCUGGCACAAUUCCAAACAGCAAUAAUCAAUUGACUAAUAAUACUUCUUCUGCAUCCAGAAAAUCGAAUAUAUAUUCAAAUCAUAGAAAAAGCAUUUCUGGAGGUUCUUUUGUUGAUUUAUAUCAUCGUGUGUCGUCAAUUUCAUCACCAUAUAAUGAAUCCAGAAAAGGAUCAGACAAUGCCUCUACAAAAAACAAUGAACACCAACGCCAACCAAGUAAUAUUAGUAAUAGUCAUUCGAAAAAUGCAUCACAAUCAAAUAUUGACGUUAGAUCUCACAGACGCAAUUCUUCUCUUCUAUCAUUCUUUUCUGGUAAAAAUGAAGAUAGGCCAAGUUCCCCUCUGAAGUCAUCUAACCCAAAGACGAGUGGAAAGUCGACUCACAGCAGAACUAGUUCAUACGUAAAAAGUCCUUUUACAUCUGAAAAUGCAGAUGAAAAUAUACGUGCUACUCCAAAAGAUUUAUUUGCAAGUCCAAGUAUAGCAGUAAGUAGUGAUAUUACUAUGCAAUCACCAAUUCAAGAUAGUAAAAGAAGAGUUAAUAGCACUUUUGACAAUAGAUCACCCACUUUUGAUGAUAGUGCAAGGACUUUGAUUGAGGAAGACGAAAAAAAGAGAUCAAUUAGCGAAAUGGCAAAAGGUAAAGCCAUGCAUAAAAUGGCAGGUAAACCUAAUUCCAAGAGAAAUACCACUGCCUUUGUAGAGGGUAUAAGAACAAUCAAAGCUAAUGAUGCGAUUAAAGAUGCAGAUUGUUCUGGUUGGAUGAAGAAAAAGGGUAGUGGUACAAUGGGAGUAUGGAAAACAAGAUUUUUUACAUUGCAUGGUACUAGACUUUCUUACUUUUCUAGCACUACAGAUACUCGUGAAAAGGGUUUGAUCGAUAUAACGGGCCAUAGAGUUGUUCCAGCAAAAGAUGAUGAUAAGAUUGUAUCAUUAUACGCCGCUAGUACUGGUAAGGGGAGAUAUUGUUUUAAGUUACUUCCUCCUCAACCUGGUGCAAAAAAAGGUUUAACCUUUACUCAACCUCGUGUUCAUUACUUUGCUGUUGAUACUAAGGAUGAAAUGAGAUCAUGGAUGUCUGCUCUAAUAAAAUCGACCAUUGAUAUCAAUACGGAAACAUCCGUCGUCAGUUCAUACUCUUCAUCUACUAUUUCUUUAGCUAAAGCAAAAGAAAUGUUAUCUCAAGCCCGUCAAGAAAAUAUACAAAGGCAACAAGGAACUUUAUUAAAUGAAGAAGAUGAAGACCAAAUGUUAUGGGAACAAGAAUUAUCAGGAAAACCAAAGAAUAAAGAGAAGAUUCGUCGUAAUAGAUACACUAUGGAUUUUUCAGUUUCAAGAUCAAAAAUGGAACAAAUACAUUUGAUUCACCUUCAUCAUCUUUCAAUGUUAUCAGUGACAAACCAACAACCUUAA